UCCCAGCAGAAUCCCUGAACUCGCAGAGCACGACUCCACGCCAACAAUCCCCCAAACUCAUCAGUAAACCCCGAGUCCCCAGUCCCUCGACAAUCAAAACCCCCCUAAGAAUCUUCAGCAGUAUAAAACCCCAGAAAUGUCGAGCACAGAGUCGAAAAUCGUUCUGACCCAGCGCACCCGCACCGAGGUAUUCACAUACCACUACGAAUGGAAGAUCAAGGACUUCAGCGGUCGUCCAGAGCUCCCAGGCCAGUGCAUAAAGUCCUCGGUAUUCUCCCUGGAUCCGAAGACAGACGAGAAGUGGUACCUGAGGUUCUACCCAAAAGGGACACGACCAGAGGAGCCGAAUUUCACGUCCCUCAGGAUGUGCCUAAAAUCGGACGAUGGCCGUGAGGUCCACAUGAAGUCGGAGGUUUCAGUGCUCACUGUUCACCAGGAGAAGCAGUACUCGACCACUUGGGUCCACAAGUACGUCUCUGGUCGCCCCUUUGGGCCCACUCGACUGUUCCACAAGAACUGGCUGACAGAACAUCCCGAGAAGUGUCUGCCUGACGACACUCUGACUCUCCUGUGUCAGUUCACAGUCGUCGAGUCUGAGGGCUCGUCCAUUUACGAUAAACCCAAGUUCAAUGAGGUGGAGAGGCGUCUGGGGACUGACAUGGGAGUCCUGCUGAUGGAGGAGGCCAAGUUCAGUGACAUCACCUUCGACUUGUCUGGGGAGAAGAUCCACGCUCACAGAGCCGUCUUGGCUGCUCGCAGCCUCGUCUUUGAGACUAUGUUCAAGUACUACGAGGGGGUGGUUCCUAUCAAUGAUAUCGAGCCCGAGGUCUUCAAGGCCAUGAUGACUUAUCUUUAUACGGAUAUUGUGCCCAAGCUCAAGGAGAUGGCAGGUCGAUUGUUAGAGAUGGCUGAGAGGUUCGGGCUCGACAGCCUCAAAGCCAUGUGUGAGCCCGUUCUCUUCGAGUCGCUCACCACCGAGAAUUGCGCUGAUAUUCUGGUGAAAGCGGACUUGUUCAGAGCAGCACAGCUGAAGAGUUCUGCCAUUGAGUUCAUUACGAGGAACUUGAGGGAUGUUGUCAAGUCCCCUGGGUACCAAAUACUGGAGAAACAGCAUGCAGGACUGCUGACUCAAAUUAUUCUGGAGAUGGAGCCAAAGUCGAAGAAGAUUAAGACGUAGGAAUGAAGAGGUUUGAGUUUUGUCUUCAAUGAAAGUGGCUUCCGCUGUUGAUUAGGAAUUGUUGAGACGAUUGAUUAUUUAAUGUUUAAGGACACUAGACUCUUAGGGAAUUUUGGAAUUUGUAGACAGGGAACUUCGGUUAUUUGAUAAGAGACUAAGACAUUGAACAGUGAAUUGGAAAUGACGAGGGGAGUUUCUUUGAAAAUGUUUAUUUGUCGUUCGUCAAAUUCAAGGAUUUUUUUUUAGUUGACAAAAUUAAUUGCAAUUAAAAAAGUACUUCGACAUUUUUUCUUAAAAUUAUUCAUCAUCAAUGACAGUUCCAUUGAAAUCGUGAACUAGUCGUCAAGAAUUUCAGGAUUUCAUAUUUAUUAUUUAAAGUUUUCAGUGUCAUAAAAAUAAUUUUCAGUUCUUAGAAUAUAAAAAACCGGUGAUUAUUGAGAUAAUUAAUUAUUUAAUAUUCAAGGGAAUUUUGACAGUCUUAUGGACUGGGAACGUUUAUUUAAUAAUUAACUAUAUAAAAUUAAUUUAUUUAAUAAAAUAUUAAUUUCUUCAUUCGUCGAUAUUAUUAAUAUUCAGUUCAUUGUAAUGAGUGAAUUGACACAUUCUCGUUGUUUUUUAGUUGACGUAAUUGAUUGCCAACUAAAUUAAUAGCCAUUCUUUCCUAACAUUAUUUCUUCACAUAGUCAACAAUUUCAGGAUUUCAUAUUAAUUAAUUAAGAUUUUUCAGAUCGUUAUAAGAAUAUUUUCCAAUACAAAAAAUAUCAAGAUUUGUGUGUGACGAGAGUUAGAGGAGGCAAAAGGUGUACAGUUUAAAAUUAAUUACA